AUGGUAGCCGAGCUCUACACUGCCGCUAUCUCCGUUUCCAGCGAAUCAAAAUCGAAACAAGAUGCCAAACCCGGGUCCAACGGAAUCGGUCCACUUGCCUCCCUAGACGCCGAGAACGAUGUGGACCCUUCUUCUGACACGGCGCUAUUACACCGCGCCAAGAUUACAGCCCGCCUCGCCGACUCGCCCUACGAUCUUAUCGCAUACCUCGAACGCGCGCAUGUACACCUGGCACUGGGAUACCCCGACCUAGCCGCAGGAGAUGCGUACCGCGCCCUCCUCCUGGCCGAUGAGGCGCGCACCGAGGGCUUCGAGUAUCACGACGAGGCGGCCGAGGCUCUCGCCUCUUACGCUGCCCCUCAGGUCUUGGAAGGACUAGAGGGGGAGGCGGCCCAGCGCGGCGCUGCAGCUGCGUACCGCCUCCUCGCGUUCGCCCUGCUGGACGCGGGCUGCCUCAGCUCGGCAGCCAAGUUCCUCAGGCGCGGACUGGACGCGUCGCCCAACGACACCGAGCUCGCCACCACGCGACAGGCACUUGAGGCCGCUGCGGCCAAGCGCCUCGGCCACUCGGUAGACAUCUUCGCCCCAGGCGUCCUGCCCGAUACCACCCUGGUCCGCCGUGAAGUGUAUCCAUGGAACACGCACGAGCCGGACCGCUUCUCCGAGGAGUCGCUCACCGAGCUCAACACAGCCCUCCAGCACUUGGCUCCCAAGUGCGCCGUGCAGGUCGUAGUCCUCCCUGUUCUCCUAGAUGGCGUCGCACUCGAGGGCGCAACGUGCUCCCAGCUCGGCCUGUUUGCCGUGGAGGACAUUGCGCCCGGCGAGAAAGUGCUCGAGGAGUACAGUCUUCUCACGGCCAACAACCGGAUGAAGGACAGCGUGUGCGACGCGUGUUCGUCCGAGCUUCCGCGCGAUCGUCAAGGUGUCGUCAUGUGCGACGAGUGUUACGACACUGUCUUCUGCUCUGCGCACUGCGCCGAGCAGGCGGAGCGGUACCACCCCGCGGUAUGUGGUACUGGUUGCGACGAGAUCGGGAAAGAUCCCGUCCCGCACGAGGCCGACGAGAGUCUUCAUCUCCUGUUACUCGCGCGCGUGCUUGCCGUGGCCGCGCAAGGAGAGAUUCAUCCCCUCGACGUCCCCGAGGUCAAGUACAUCUGCGGCGACUUUACGCCGCACCGAACCCUCCCUUGGAACUUCAAGUACAACGUCGAGAAGCCGCUCCACAUACUGGAAACGAUGGAUGUAGACAUCUACGCGCAUCCCGAGUUCGAUCUGUGGGUCCUGAACACGAUCUACGCAAAGACCCGCGGGACAGCUAGUGCGCGUAAGAAUCCUUUGGACGGUAAGCCAGACGUCGCAACAGUGCAUCCGCUGUGGUGUCUGGCGAACCACGACUGUGACCCCAACGUAUGGUGGGAUUGGGCGGGUACUAUUGCCCUGACGGCGUGUGAGGAGCGCAUUGCGGGGUCACCGGGUGUCAAGAAGGGACAAGAGAUCCUCAACCAUUACUGCGAUAUCCGGUUGCCUGUUACCGAGCGACGCGAGUGGGCAUCCGGCCCGCUUGGAGCCGUGAUGAGUAUGGCACUUGUCGCGGAGCCUUGCGCAAGCGUCGCGCAUGGGUCGCGGCUACAGUACCUCUGCUAUCCGGCUCCGAGAUUUCCGGUUCGAGCUACUCACCCAGUUCACGGACCGUGGCUCAUACACCCCGUGCGACUCCAAGUGGUCCUGGCCCCGGUCCGCGCCCCAGCCAUGUUCAUGUCUUCCGAGCAUGUCGUCGUGCGCCAGUCCGAGGACUGGGCGCGCGUCCUUGUCGCCUCUAAAGAGUCCGCUGCGGCGGAUAACUGGGUUCUAGCAUUCUCUUCCGACAGAACAGAACCAGCGGGCCUUGCGCUGCUCGGCAGCGCCCAACUCAUCGAGCUGGAGGGACGUCUUGAGCCGGCCAACGCAGCGCGUCUCGAGACCCUCGUUACGCCUCGAGCCGUGCGCAUCAACAAUACCAGCCGAGGUCCCCGCUCUUCCCUCAGGGCCCCGGUUCUCAUCGUGGAAUGGCACACAGCAUCAUCCUACGUCCUCCCUGACCUACAUAUCUCUCCCCUCACCACGCGCCUUGUAGUGGAAAUCAGCGACGUUGGUGGCCCCAUCUCUCCUGCCAACCGACGCUUCUUACCCGCCCUCUCGAGUCUCGAUGUCGCAGACAUAGUCCUGGACUUUAGCAGGUGGGACUGUGCCGUUGUCGACCCCUUUGUCGCUCGCGCCCUCUACUCCACCAUCGCGGGGUUGCUUGUGAGGGGAACACACGUAACCCUGGUGGACUUUGACCUCGUGUUCUCAUGCAUGGCCGACUCGUCCAUCCACAUGCGACCGACGCGAUACACGUCUCUCCCAAGGCGCGCCGAGGACGCGCUCAAGUUCCAUCUGCGCGAAAUGCUGCGUGCAACUGAGUGUCCAGACGCCCGAGUAGUCGAGGUCACUAUCCGCAAGUUGCUCAAGCACAUCACCGUCCUCUCCGCCGACCAGCUGCAGGCCAAGCUGUAG